AGAUAAAGAAACAAUUGUUACUAAUGAUGCAUCUGAACAGAUAAACUUACAAUGUCAGUUAUUUACUGAUAUUCUGAUGCAUGUUAAGAGACAAAUUUUUUAUAAAUCUGAGCGAAAUGAAGUGGCGUGA